AUGGGUGAAUGGUCGAGGAACGAGGAGACCAAUAUUGUUAGAAUUCUGCGUUGUUUUCACAUAUGUUCUGGUCUUAAAAUAAAUACCGAUAAAUCGAAUCUUUAUGGUGUUGGAGUGGGCAUGACUGAGAUAAAGGACAUGGCUAAUGUAAUAGGAUGUAAACCGGAGAGCCCGCCUUUCAAAUACCUUGGUCUUACUGUGGGAGCCAACAUGAAUAGGGUCAACAGUUGGAAACCGGUUAUAGAGACGUUUCGGGCUCGAUUGGCAAAUUGGAAAUCUCAUCUUUUGUCUAUUGGGGGUCGGGUGGUGAUCAUUAAAUUUGUUAUGGAAUGCUUACCUUCUUACUACUUCUCUCUUUACAAAGCUCCAAAGACGGUUAUUGGCGAACUAGAAUCAAUGAUCAAAAAAUUCUUUUGGGGUGGUUCUUUGGAAGAAAAAAAGAUGCAUUGGGUAGCUUGGGAUAGAGUGGCCCGGCACAAGAAAAAUGGAGAUCUUGGGUUAAACAAAUUGCUUAAUGUCAACAUUUCGCUUCUAUCUAAGUGGGGUUGGCGGUUUAAAACGGAAAAAAAUGGGUUAUGGAAAAGAGUUAUCGUUGCUAUACACUCUAGUAGGGUGGGUUGGGAAUGCAUCCCAUUUAAAAAGGCUAUCGGAGGUGUAUGGUGCAAUAUAGUGAAGAUUUUCACGCAUACCAAGGUAUCGUCGGAUAUGGAUCGAUGGAUUUGGCUGUCGGAAUCGGAUGGUUCCUUCUCGGUUAAGGCAGUCAAAAGGCUGUUGAAGAAAGAUGAUUCGCAGGAAGACUGUUUCAUUAUGGAUUGGUGUAGUUGGGUCCCCGCCAAGGUUAACAUCCAUGCCUGGAGGAUGGAGAUGGAUAAAAUCCCUUCGGUUGAAGCGCUCAAGAAAAGAAAUGUAAAUAUCGGGAAUUCUUCGUGCCCCGUAUGCCAGACAGAGGAUGAAACAACCGAACAUCUUUUUAUCACGUGUCAUGUUGCUUCGGUUGUUUGGAACGGUAUUAGUGCUUGGUGUAAGAUUCCUAACAUCUUCGCCUUUUCGCUUAAAGACCUUCUUGUCACUUACAAGGACCUCAGAGUCUCGGAUAAAAAGAAGGAUGCUAUUCAAAGUAUUAUCAUGAUCGUCUGUUGGUGUCUUUGGUGUGCUAGGAACUUGGCGUUAUUCUCUAAUUCUCCGGUUAGGAUUGACAGCAUUGUUAGCGAGGUUAAGGCUUUGGGUUUUUUAUGGUUUGCUAAUAGAUCUAAACAUAUAAUGUAG